AUGGCAUGUCACAGGAAUGCCUGUACACUGCCCACGCCUGUUGGCUCCAGAAGUCCAAGUCAGGCACCCUGUCGCGGCGCAGGAGCGCUCUGCAAGUACCAAAGUCAGCGACAACCCCAACGCUGGGAUCGAUCCAGAAGCUGGGGUGUGUUGGGACAUUCUUUUGAGAUUUUUGAUGUCACAGGAAAACUGUUAUUCUUGCAGAAGUGGGUCGUAGCCAGCAGUCCAAAACAGCGAAGGAAGCCUUCCUACACUAUCGACCCCACAGGUCAAUUUCGCAACUUCUGGGAUUGCCUGGGCAUCGUUCUCCUCAUUAAAGACUCCAUCGCCAUACCACUCCAGUUCAUUUUGGAUGAUUUUUACGUGAGAUUUCCAAUACUUUUCUUCAUCACUCAAAUGGCAGUGUUUUACUGGUGUGCCGACAUUCUCUUGAGCUUUGUGACAGGGUACCUUCACAAGGGGAACCUCGUGCAAGAUGUCAGGAAAGUCUGGUGUCACUAUCUUAAAACAUGGUUUUUGCCUGAUGUAGUUGUCACUUUCGUAGACAUCCUUCUGGAGUUCACCCCAGCUGGCGAUGCCGUUGGUGAGACAGGUGCGUCAACAAAGAUUCUGAGGCUCAUGAGGCUUUUCCGCGUCGUGCGCCUGGGCAAGCUCACUCGCGUUGCAGCAUACCUUCGGGAUCAGUUUGAAUCGCCUAUGGCAUCAAUCCAGUUUAGUCUGGGUUUGGUUAUGUUUGGUAUGAUGUUGGUGGAGCACGUCAUCGCCUGCUGCUGGCUUGGUGUGGGUACUCUGGAUGCAAGGGCAAACACGUGGCUGAAGCUUUCUGGCUCGGCGGACAGCCCAUUCAUGGUCCAAUACACCAGCGCGCUUCGAUGGGCCUUCAUGCAGCUUGGGGUUGGGGGCACAGAGAUCGAGGCCACCAACGAGAACGAAGGCUACUACACGGUCUUCGUCUGCUUUAUUAGCCUCAUAAUGUUCUCUACGGUGAUCAGUUCCAUGACCUCGCUAGUCACUGCCUUGCAGAGCAGGAGGAUGGAGGAGUCCCAACAGUUCGGGCUCUUGAGACGCUUCCUGCGACAGCAGAAGGUCCCCGAUGCCCUCGGCCAUCGCAUCACGCGCUUCCUGCAGUUCGCCUACCACGAGAUUGAGACACAUGAGCAAGAUCUACACAUCCUCAAGUUGCUGUCUAAGUCGCUGUCUGCCGAGUUGCAGUUCGCCCGAUAUCAGCAGUGCCUGGAGCGGCUGCCAUUCUUGAAAGACUUGCUACACGGCAGUGGGGUAAGUGCCCAGGAGGGCCAAGUCAUCCAGCGCUUGGCCACGCAGAGCGUGGUGGUUUUGGAUGCCGGCGAAGAUGAAACUGUUUUCUGUUGUGAUGCGAGGGCUGAGGCAUGCUACUUUGUUAUGCAAGGUUCAGUUUCGUAUGAAACGCACGAGGGCCUCAUGGAGCCUCAUGCGCACCAGUGGAUCUCCGAAAUGUGUCUCUGGACGGACUGGAGCCAUGUAGGUGACUUGACUUCCACGAGCUUCAGCAGAAUUCUGGCCAUUCAAUUCGAGGGGUUUUGCACCUGUGUUGCCAGCUUGGGCGCCGCACAGAAUGAAGCCCACAAAUAUGCUUCUGGCUACCUCGAGGAAAUGAACAAGGAUUGCCACUUCGAAGGCAACACAAGUAGCACCGUCCCAAUGAUACACAUUGAGCACCAGAUGGGCCUUGUAGUGCCCGGUAUUCCAAUCGGCAAUCACCAGGGCCACCUUGUCAUUGGAUUGGUGGAGCCACUGCAAGUGGCGGCAAGCAAAGGUUCGGGACCCCCGAAGGCAAAUGAGCAGAAUGAUUGGUCAUGGUCCCAAGAACUCAUUGCCAUGGCCAACCGCUUGGCUCUGAUCCUGGCAAACGGCGCGUACCAGCUGGGCUCCAAGCGGAGGCCGAAGCUUUCGAGGCCUGCGGCUGCGGCUGCCGAGCUGUCCCAGAAGCUCGAAACCAUGGGCUUCCAGGUGCAGUGCGCGAUUGACCAGACGUUGGCCGGGAUGAAGGAGGCGGUGGAGAGCUACCUCUGCCUUGUCGCCUCCGCGGUGGAGAGGCGUGCUGAACCUGGCGAUGCUGGAUCCUCAGUGGACCACCCGCUGCUUCUGUUCUGUACCUUCUGCGGCCACGGCUCUGCUGGUCGCUUCCUGCCAGUGGACUGCUCGAGCACUGCUCUGCCCGAGGAGACCUUCUGCUUCUUUGAAGACUUGCUUUUCAAACUGCUCCAAGCCUUGGGGUCAGACUCCUUCGUUUCGAAGGGACGACAGCACUGGCAAACGCGUGAUAACUUCUUAAGACGCUUGGAUCUAGCUGCUCACGAUGAUGCAACACCUGCUGGGUGGGCAUAUCCUGGGGGCGCACAAAUUCUGUUUGUGAUAGAGAGCUGCCGCCGCCUAAUUGGUGAAGAGCUGGCAGCAUACCAAGCAGCCCGAGCUCGUGCUGCGUAUGGCAAGCGGCACAUGCUUCCUUGCAUGCAGUCAUUAAGGCCAGAGCUGGCGACCAUCGGAGGGGCUGACUGGGAUGCUGCGCGCAUGGCUUUCGUUGCCCAGCACCUGGGAGGGGGAGCAGGGGCACCGCAGCUGCUCAUUGCGCUCUCGUCAGAGUCUACUACGCCUUCUUACGAUGUUGUUUUCCUGCGCAGCAUUAUCGACAGUAUUGGCAAGCCCGUUCGCCUGGGGGGCAUCUUGGAGCGUGCGGCUCUUGACACUUUGAGAAGAACGGGCCAUCAGCAGAGGCCAGUGAUUUUGUCGCUGGGUGGCAACUCGAACGUAGAGGACCUGCGUGAUUGCGUUUUGGCCUCCAGGCAGCGGCUGUUCGCGGUUGUGCGGGAUCUGGCAUGGCUGAUCCGAGCUCCACCAGUUCUUUCAGACCAGGCGGGUAUGGAGCUGCUGGGCCUUCCUGAGUCUGCUGACAAGGCCACGGCAGAUUGGCUGGCCUUGUUGGAUCAGAAUCCCAAAGGUCUCCUGGAGAACCUGGAGGCGCAGUCGGGUGUCAAGCGACUCGGUUUUUAUGCUGCUGCUCUGACACAAUUUUGGCUGGAGGAGGGACCUGGCUGGCAGACCCAAAGAACCUUGUCUGCGGUGCAGCUGAGCUGUGGCACCCAAUCCAGGCAGACUGCUGGACAGCUUAAGCUGGUAUGCCUGCGGCCACAGGAGGCUCUUCACGUGGAGUCUUCGGUCAAGUUCUUUGCCGAUGCAUCCUAUGCAGAGCCCAGGCUAAGAUCCUGCGCAAGUUCCUAUGUGGGUCCCUUCCUCCAUGAGAAUCUGGCCUGGCGCCUAGCAGAGGCGAGGCGGAAGAUUACCUCCACAAGAAGUGUAUCUGUGCAGACAUACUUGCAGAAAGAGUUUGGCAACGUGAGCGUUCGCUCUGUGUACUUUCUGAAAGGCUACAUCUUCAAGCCCUUGGAGGAGUUCUUUUCGUGGGGUCGCAGCCUUCGGGAUCCCCCAAACGAGGUUAACGGUGAAUGCGCCACAGGUUGGUACACCACAGAGGUUGCCAAAGUCAUGGAUGCAGUCUCACCUGGAGCCCGCCUGGCAGUGCUCCCCAAGCUCUUCUGGCUGAGCCCGGCGGUGGCCUCAGGAGAUCCGCCGAUGAUUUUGGGAGAUGAGCUUCCAGGGCAGCAGGAGCCAGUUCCUACAGACUGGCCAGACAAGGUUCGCCUGGACGUGGAGGAGCACUUCCGCUCGGUGAACACGGCUCUUUUGCUUUGUGAACUACUUCCGCUUGAGGGGGAAGACCUGUGGGUGGAGAACUCCAGAGGAUUUGUUCUGCCCCCAGUUUGGGACCCUAAGACUUUGAUGACUGGAGGGCCACGAGGCAUGAAGAACUCCUCAGAGCACGGGGAGCUGGGGGAGCUGGGGCAAAACGAGGAUCCACCCAGCAAGUGGUCCAACCAGCGAAGGAAGUACUCAGAGCGGCUGGCGGACACUGCGCGGCAGCUGGCCCCGAGCCUCGAGAGCGCUGGGGUUCACGCAACUGUGCCACAACGUUUCAGCGAGGAGCUUACCCAUGACCACCUGGUCGACUACGUGCUCUUUGCCAAGGAGCGCCGUCGGAGUGCUGACCCAUCCCGAUUUCAGCGCAGACUUUCGCUGCGCACCGCCCUGGAAGAGGCCGAGGUGUUAGAGAGAGGCAGAGCCUGCCGACUGGUGGCAGCUUCCUUGGCACUACUUGCUCAGCAGACUCGUAGAAGUGAUGGACACUUUAUUCUUGAACUGCUUGUGAAGCCCUCGGAACAGGGGCUGGCCCCAUCAGAGUGCUCUGUGACCUUCUGUGCGGAUGCUGCCGCAAUGGAGCAGCUCAUGGCGUUGGGGCUCUCGGGUUCUCUGUGCCUGCGGCUUGCCGUAAAGUUUGCUGCUCGGUUCUGCUUCUCUCCGCAACGCCUUCCUGCUGAUCAAGUUCCGCUUCAUUUCCAGGAAGCGGUUGCCUCUGCCGAUCGUUCUCGCUUGGCUGGCCUGAUAGAAUACCUGGCUGCAAGCUGUUCGCUUGAGCUUGAUGACGAAAGACUGCCUAUUGACGAAAUUGUGAGUAAGCUGACGAUGCCUCCAGCUGACGGCACGAUCUUAGAGCUAGUUUGCCAACAUGCGCCAAGCAUGUGUCAGGACUUGUCCGCAAUACUCACGUCGACGGGGCAGCUGAAGCUGGCGCGGAAGAUUGAGGCACGUCGACUACGCGGCUACGCCACCCCCGAAACAACCGGAGCCAAGCUUCCCGAGGCCUUGAGCAACCUUCCAAAGUUGUGCCUGCCGCCCUCAGUUCAGAUAAUGGAGGUCGCAGAUAUGGAAGGCUUAGCGCGGCUGCACCAACGUCUUCAGGAUGGAGGAGUUGUUGGCCUGGAUGCCGAGUGGAAACCUUGUGGCGAUGAGGGAUUCCCAAAUAGCCGGGCCCGAAGGGGACAAGCGGCAAAUCCUGUUCAGCUGCUGCAGCUGGCGUGGGCAGAAGAGGUUUUUGUGCUGGAUAUGCCGGCCUUGCUGGCCGUGGCAGAGAAGCAGCUCGUUGAUUUUCUUCAGCGCCUGCUGAGACCCAAAGAAGGUGGAGCAGGCCAUUUAUUGGUUGGUUUCGGGCUGGAGGGCGACAUCCGAAGGAUGGCAGACUCCUACCCGUGGUUAAUGUCCCAAUGUGGCGGCAAUUUUCCUUUCAUUGAGAUACAAGAACUGGCGCGAGCGGUUGCGCCAAACCCUUCUCUAGACUCCCUUUGUGCCUCGCGGCUGGGCCUCUCCCUGGACAAGUCCUUCCAGUGCAGCAAUUGGGAAUUACGUCCGCUGACGGAUGCCCAUAUAAGAUAUGCAGCCCUGGACGCAUGGGUUUUGCUAGCACUUUUGGGCCACUUCUUGGGACAAGGCUGUGAUCUCGAACAAGACAGCCUUCAAGUGCUUGCAGAGGUCAACAUCUCCCUGGCCUCACCGAUUUGUCACUAUGGCCUGCCUACUUUGUGUUCAGGAGUAUGCGCCACCGCCACGGCUCUGCGUGAGCUUGGGGUCUCCGAUCGCUCGGUGCUGGCGUGGGGAGAAAGCCGCUUGGAGGAUGUCCAGGUCUGCAAGACACUUGCAUGCGUCACCACGGAUGGUGCAGGUCAGUCGUACUUCUGCCUAGCUGUCUUCGCCGAUGGUGCGGACAGCUUGAGAGCUGCGAGAACAUUUCCGGCAGCCGCGUGGCUGUGUCGGUCCGGUGGGUCCAGCAUUGUUGGAGAAACCUUCUGCCAAAGUAGUCUUGGAUGA